AUGACGACGAAAAGCGAACGAAGAAAGUGUACAACGGAAUUUCAGCCCUAUAAUGAUCAAGAUCUCAUAAGCUAUCUACAGAAAUUCGUUUGCGGAAUGCCAAUUGAAACCGAUCGUAUUGGACAUAUAGAUGUGUACGGUAACAAGAAGCCAUGUGAAUUAUUCCAAGACUUAUUAUGUAGCAAAGAGGAGACGAGUAAUGAUCAUGUAAACUAUUUCUUUACUCAGUUGAAGAAAAAAUCUGCCAGUGGUAAAAACUAUAAUAGGUCAAUUACUGGAGGUGGCUCAUGGAAAGGACGGGACACGAGUAAAGCGGUUCACGAUAAGGAAGGAUCAAUUAUAGGGUUGAAGAAAACUUUUCGUUUUGAUGAAGAAUGUAGUGAUCAUCAAAGAAUCGUAUGGAAUAUGAAAGAAUAUUGUCUUAGUGACAACAUACUAGAGGUGUUAAGACAACGUUGUCAAAUCCGACAUGAAGACUAUGUUCUAUGUAGCGUUGAGAGGAAGGUUAAUUUGUGUAAACAUUCUCAGGAUAUCCCUUCGGAGAUAUCUUCUUCAGCACUGAGAUAUGGUGGUUGGCCGUUGUAUACUGAACUAACUAAAUUGCCACCAUUAAUUGAUGGACCGUUUGAGUCAUUGACUGAAGAAGAAUUGGCUUUCUUUGAUAAUCCUGAUCCUGGAUAUCCACAGGCUUAUGAGAAGGCUUAUUUUAAUUUUUAUAGCAAUUAG